UCCCGCCCAACUCGGCUUGUGACCAAUCGCAUGCAAUCUUUUUUUUUUUCUAGACACGGUGGUCGCCACAGAAUAGAGCAGGUAGUUCACAUAUGUGCAAUGAUGCAUUUUUGUACUGAGGUGACCAGGACUGCACACAGUGUUCUAUAUGGGGUCUAACUUGGGCAUUGUAUAAUCUACGCAUAACCUCUCUAGACUUGUAUUCCACGCUUUUUGCAAUAUAGCCAUUCGAUUUGCCUUUUAUUUCCUCACCACAUUGGCAAGAGACUUUUAAUGAUGACUCCCCUAUAACCCUGAAAUAUCCUUUUCAAGGAUUUCAUGGGUACCAUGCACAAAAAUAAAAUAAAAUAAAAUAAAUAAAUGCCAGGAUUAUGCAAGGGAUGUACGAAUCACACAACACGUUUGCAAGAUUUGAAUUGAGAAAAAAAGAUUACUGCAAUGAUCAUGUACAUUUGUGCAAGGUGUGCAGGAAACUCAUUUAUUUGACUUCAUUUGGGAAAACAAAGUCACAAGCCUUUGCUCACGUGUUCGCCUGGUCUCGAGCUUGAUAAGCAUUGUACCUGACACUGCUCGGUGACGUUUAUUUUGUAGUAUUUGCCUGAGCCCAUAUAUUUUGAAACCUGAAUCUAUAUAUUGGACAGGCCUUAAGAACGCGGCAGUACCUAAUCUGAGCAGCGGUGCCCUGUCCCGGCAGUGAGAUGGCUCGGAGUUGCAGCUUGGAGUGUUUGGAGAACCAGCUCCUGUGCCCCAUCUGCCUGGAGGUGUUCGCCGAGCCCCUGAUGCUGCAAUGCGGCCACUCCUAUUGCAAGUCGUGCUUGAGCUCGAUGACCCUCGACACAUACGGCCAGCUCCGGUGCCCCGUGUCCCGCUGCGAGGUGGACGGGGGCAGCUCCCCUCCCAACGUCUCCCUGGCCCGGAUUGUGGAAGCCAUGAGCGAGCUGAACGACUCUCACCCGGAGCUGGAGAGCUGCCUGCAGCACCACAACCCGCUGAGUCUCUUCUGCGAGCAGGACCAGGAGGUCAUCUGCGGGCUGUGUAGCAGCAUUGGCGCCCCCUGGAACCAUAAGAUCACUCCGUUGACCAGCGUGUACAGCAGGAUGAAGCUAAUCGUGCACGAGGGCUGGUGGGGGUUGGACUCGAGGCAAUUCCUGACGUGGCUCUGUAUUAUAUUAUCAUGUAUAAUUAUGUCGAUGUAAAAAAAAAAAUCUAAUUUGAAAUUUAUUUCUUUCUUUCUUUCUUUCUUUCUUUCUUUCUUUCUUUCUUUCUUUCU